CCAGUAACUACCACUGAUACACCUUCUAAUUACAUUACUGUCUCAACCAUAUCCUCAAUAGCUAUAUCAGAUACCACUUCACUGUCAUCAGUUAUGGGGACUCCAUCUAGUAGUAGUAUGACAAGAUAUACUACUACUACUACAAUAACUGCUGUUCCUACUAAUUCCAUUACUACUGCAUCUAUUAGUAUUACUUCCUCACUAAGCACUACAAUGACUUCAACACCAGGACAAGGCAAUGCAGGAAAUGGUGCAUCUACAAUACUAAUAGCAGCUAUCAGUGCAGUCAUUGUACUACUGGUAGUUACUAAUAUAGGAAUAUUAAUAGUGAGUGUAUUAGUGUGUAGGAGAAGAUUGUAUAAAACAACAAAUGGAAAUGAUACUUUCAGUUCUGAUGAAAGAAAAGCUGAUAUAAAUCAACAAUCAGAUAUAAUAACAAUGGAUAAAGGACAGAACAUAUUAUUAGCAUCAACUAAUCCUGCUUAUGGAGUAAUUGGGGAACAAGAUAACUGUAAUACUGGUGUAUCUGCUAAUCCUGCUUAUGGUAUUACUGAAAGAUCUGGUGUAUCUGCUAAUCCUGCUUAUGGUAUUAACACAAGAGGAAUAGAAAAUAUUGAUCAAGUAUAUGAUGAACCAAGAACAAUGAUGCAUAAUGAACAAGAGGAUACUAUGGCAACAGAUGAGGCACAUCAACAAAUGAAAGAAGAAGAAGAAGAACUGUACAUAUAACAGGAACAAUGUUAAUGACAUAAAUAUAUCAAUACUAAACUGUUUUUAGAUCAGUUAUAAUCUUGAUUUCAUUAUUAGUAA